AUGUGCCACCGGUUCUUUACUGGAAAAAUGAUGAAACACGAGCUGGUCAACCUGUUAGCAACAGGAGCAUCAGCGACGGCAUGGAAUGCCCCUCUCCUCACCAUCCCUUCAGUGUUUAUUCUGUUUCCCAUUCCCCCCUCACUCCUCCUCACCCAACCCCCCCCCCACAACAACAGGAGCAUCAGCGAGGGCAUGGAGUGCCCCUCUCCUGCUUCUGCCUGCACUCCCUCUCUCACAUCCCUCCUCGCCUCCUCUUCUGCUCCGCUCGCCUUCUGCUCUCUCUGCCCCAACUUCUGCACGCAAUGCAAGACUGGUAAUGAGAACACCACUCCCUCUGCACCCCUCCCUCUGCACCCCUCCCUCUGCACCCCUCCCUCUGUACCGCUCCCAUUGCACCCCUCUCUUCGCACCACUCGUUUUGCAUGA